CCCACAUAACUAUUCACGCGCUUUGUGUGAAAGCGCGUGUAAACCAAACUUCUCUCUUAAGCCAAAUAAAAGAGAGACUUGUCCUUCUUCUGCUUCAUCUUCUUGCUUUCUUCACUUCUUUAACUCUUUGAGUUAUUUAUUUCCAGAAGCUUCAUAGUUUCUGGAAAAUGCUAAUCCACUAGCGGAAUAAAAGACAGAUCUUUAAUCCACUUUAGAAACCGCGUUUUCUGAAAAUGCGGUUGCGUUUUCCGAUGAAAUCUGCCGUUUUAGCGUUUGCUAUCUUUCUGGUGUUUAUUCCACUGUUUUCCGUCGGUAUACGGAUGAUUCCGGGAAGACUCACCGCCGUAUCCGCCACCGUCGGAAAUGGCUUUGAUCUGGGGUCGUUCGUGGAAGCUCCGGAGUACAGAAACGGCAAGGAGUGCGUGUCUCAAUCGUUGAACAGAGAAAACUUCGUGUCGUCUUGCGACGCUUCGUUAGUUCAUGUAGCUAUGACGCUUGACUCGGAGUACUUACGUGGCUCAAUCGCAGCCGUACAUUCAAUGCUCCGCCACGCGUCGUGUCCAGAAAACGUCUUCUUCCAUCUCAUCGCUGCAGAGUUUGACCCGGCGAGUCCACGCGUUCUGAGUCAACUCGUCCGAUCUACUUUCCCGUCGCUAAACUUCAAAGUCUACAUUUUCCGGGAAGAUACGGUGAUCAACCUUAUCUCUUCUUCAAUCAGACAAGCUUUAGAGAAUCCAUUGAACUAUGCUCGGAACUACCUCGGAGAUAUUCUUGAUCCAUGCGUAGACAGAGUCAUUUACCUAGACUCGGACAUCAUCGUCGUCGAUGACAUAACAAAGCUUUGGAACACGAGUUUGACAGGGUCAAGAAUCAUCGGAGCUCCGGAGUAUUGUCACGCUAACUUCACAAAGUACUUCACUUCAGGUUUCUGGUCCGACCCGGCUUUACCCGGUUUCUUCUCGGGUCGAAAGCCUUGUUAUUUCAACACGGGUGUGAUGGUGAUGGAUCUAGUUAGAUGGAGAGAAGGAAACUACAGAGAAAAGCUUGAAACUUGGAUGCAGAUACAGAAGAAGAAGAGAAUCUACGAUUUGGGUUCUUUGCCUCCGUUUCUUCUUGUCUUCGCAGGGAACGUUGAAGCAAUUGAUCAUAGGUGGAACCAACAUGGUUUAGGAGGAGACAAUGUACGAGGAAGUUGUAGGUCUUUGCAUAAAGGACCAGUGAGUUUGUUGCAUUGGAGUGGUAAAGGUAAGCCAUGGGUGAGACUUGAUGAGAAGAGACCGUGUCCGUUGGAUCAUUUAUGGGAACCGUAUGAUUUAUAUGAGCAUAAGAUUGAAAGAGCUAAAGAUCAGUCUUUGUUCGGGUUCUCUUCUUUGUCUGAGUUAACAGAAGAUUCAAGCUUUUUCUGAAGAGUUUGUGUAAGUCAACAACAUUCUUUUUACUUGUUAUUGUAGUUUUGGGUUAUUACAAAUACAUUGUUGAGGAUUUAUUUUUUGACUGUUGGUUGUGUAAAAAUUGACUUGUGUGAGAGAAGAGUUUGUAGAAGCUAUUGAUGAGGACUAGUUAGAAGAAUUCUUUGUUUGGAAUUUGUAUUUUGUUGUGUUCUUUCCCUAAAUGGUUAUGUUGAUCUCAAUUUUCUGUAUUUAGAGUCUUUUCAAGAAUAUGCAGCGAGUGUGUUGUUAGCAUGAAAUAAACCCCAAGUUUGUUAAACUAUGUCAUUGUAGAUUACAUAUAAGAUUACAUCUUAGAAUGGUUAGAAGUUACUUGCUAUGGUAAAGAAAAGAGUUAUUUGAAUCUGUCCGCAAUGAUGAAGCAGUGUGAGAUAAAUGAAGAAGAAUGGAGACAUUAAAGGCUUGGCUCCUCGGAAACAUAAGUUUUCAAACUGGACACACAAUUGUAAGUAUGUAACUGUUCACAUAUUUAAGUCUGCUCCAUAGUCAAACUUCAAAGUUCAAAGAACUCAUCUUCUUUUUUUUUUGGGUCAAGACAUAAAAUAACUCAUCUUAAACGGCAAGAUUUGGGCUGUUAGUGGGCUGGAUUGGGUUGACCUGUUAAGUAAUACGAUGUACGUAUUCCUCGUUUCUAAAUGCUUUUUGAAAACGAUAAUGAAAAUGUUAAAUCACAC